AUGUUCCAUCGAACACUAUUUUUCGAACUUCUCGCUCUGGCAGUCUCUUUUUCGGAGACCAAUUUGAAGAAAGCCCCCGAAUGCUCCAAGCUGGAAGGGUUCGUUAUGGUUGGAGUGGACAAAUACGCCUUGAAUGAUAGUAGCAUAAGAGAUCAACUUUAUACUGGAAUCUUGCACUACGCAACUCAAUCACCCGAUAUCAAAUACGACUGCGGUAUCGAAUUAGUUGGAAGAUUGGUACUGGAUGACCCAGCGAAGGACUUCCGUUUUCUCAUGUCUAAUGGCAGAUUCCCCUUAAUUUCUGAAACUGACGGCAACUCCACUGUCGAGGAGGCUACUCAAGCAGCUUUAAAAUUAUGGGAGAAACAUAUUCCAAAUUUGGGCCUUAGAGAAGCGGUCGGGUGCAACUACGUUUUUGAAGACGACAGGCACAAAUAUAUCUGCAUCUUUGUGUGA